GUCAGUCUCAAUUGGAAUCGUGUGUUAAACGGUUCUCAGUUCGUCGCAACUGUAAAAGUUGCGCUUUAAGCUCUCCUGCUCUUUUACUCUAUUGCUACUUACUAAGGAGUGUGAAAACGAGACAAAUACACAUACAUAUAAAUCUAAAGUCAUAGAACUGUAAAAACAAAAAGUGCCCCGCGCAUAUAAUUAAACGUAACGCGAAAAAAAAAACAAAAAUGAUGUACACAAAAGCGAAAAUGAUAAUAGUGCUACUGGCAAUGAUGAUUGCAGCGACGACAGCAACGAAUACGAAUGGCAACAACAUACCCACAUUAACAACACCGACAGGCGUCUUCGAGACGCGCACUGAAAGAAUACCCAAUGGAGCUGUGUUGCCCACUGCACCAUCAGCAGCAGCUGCAGCAUUGCCGGCUGCCGCAUCCUAUGAUGACCUGGACACCUUUGUGCCAUUCCGCAGCGAUUCCCACGACAAUUUCUCAUGGCAGUUACUCAAGUCUGUGCUGCUGAGCGAGUCAACAAAACAGAACAAUGUGAUCAUAUCGCCAUUUUCCAUCAAAUUGGUGCUCGCAUUGCUGUCAGAGGCGGCUGGCACAAAUACAGCAACACAAACGGAACUGAUAAGCACACAGACAGACAUUAGAUCGGCGAACAAUGUGCGUGAAUUCUAUCGCAAGACGCUCAACUCUUUCAAGAAGGAGAAUCAGUUGCACAACAUGUUGAGUGUGCGCACAAAGCUCUACACCGAUAACUUUAUUGAACCGCAACAAAAGUUUAGCGCAACCCUGAAGCACUUCUACGAUAGCGAAAUCGAAUCCCUGGACUUUAGCAAUGCUCCAGGCGCCGCCUACGCCAUCAACGCCUGGGCCGCAAAUGUCACCAACGGUCGUUUGGCCAAUCUGGUCACACCUGACAAUGUGCAAAACAAGGUGAUGCUGCUCACAAAUCUGAUUUACUUCAAAGGCCUCUGGCGACGACAGUUCUACAACAGUUUUGAGGGCGUCUUUUUCCGCACCAAAGACUCGCAAUCUCGCGUUCAGUUUAUGGAACAGACGGACUUUUUCUACUACCACGAUUCGGAGAAGAUGAAGGCGCAGAUCCUACGAUUGCCCUAUAAGGGAAAGAACUCGCUGUUUGUCAUUUUGCCACACAGUGUGGAUGGCAUUAAUGAGCUGGUGCAGACUCUGGAGAACGAUGAUGUCAAGAGUGCACAAUGGGCCAUGGAGGAAGUGAAGGUGAAGGUGACGCUGCCCAAAUUCCAUUUCGACUACAAUCGCAGUUUCCGCGAAACCCUUCAGGAGCUUGGAGUGCGUGAAAUCUUCGAAGAUACGGCUUCACUGCCAGGAUUAUCCCGUGGCGCCGAUGUGGCCGGCAAGGUGAAGGUAUCAAACAUCCUGCAGAAGGCUGGCAUCGAUGUCAAUGAGCAGGGCACUGAGGCAUAUGCCGCAACCGUCGUGGAGAUUGAGAACAAAUUUGGAGGCACUCUGACCAUCGAGGAGUUCAAUGUGAACAGGCCAUUUGUGUUCUUCAUCGAAGAGGAGGCCACCGGCAACAUUCUGUUUGCUGGCAAGGUUCAUCUACCCAUCAGCUAAACUCUGUUCUUCACCAGACGAGAUCCGUGAUUGAUAAUAUUAUUAUUAUACCAUUAUAGUGAAGUUACACUCCCGUAAUAAACAAACAAAAGUUAAAACUA